CGUGUCUCAGUGAAGGGGAUUCUCCGUAACCAGCUGUAGCUUAACGUAAUUUGUCACCUCAGUCACUCUCUAUUCCCCAAGAGGAAACAUUCCUUUUUCUUCUAAUCAUUACCACUUCAACGUUUAAUUUCUCCGCUGGCAUGUUGAAAAUGUCAAUCAAACCUGUGGAAGGUUCAAGCUGCACUGAGAGACAGAGAGAGUAGAAGAAGAGUAGAAGAAGUUUUAGACCAGCUCAAAGGGCACCUUUUUUUUCAGUUCUCGGAUUCAUUCACCUUUUGAUUGAGACUAUAUACUGUGGUAAAUUAAACUAUGAAGACAGUGGUGUUACGGCAAAGGAUCUUUCUUAGCCAAACUCAAGAUCCAGGAUUUUUUAUUUAUCUCAAUUGAAAUGCACAGGAUCACCAGAUUCAUUGAAGGAUCUGUUUGGACUUUUUUGGCUCGAGACAUACCUGCAGUAUAUGUGAAGUUGGGAGACCAGAGUGAGCUAGGUGAUGGUUCAACAGGCUAACAAAGCUAGAUGCUAAUUCUUCUGUUCCGGCAUCCAGUCAGCUGACAAUCCAGCAGAUAACAAUCAAGCGAUGACCACGGUAUCCAUGGAGCCCCUGCUGGUCCUGAUGGAGCUGAUCCCCAACGCCACCGACCCGCCUUUAGACUCCACCCCUUCCUCUUCCGAAGACACCGCCGCCACCUUCACAAUAGGCUGUAUUCUCUCCCUCAUGUGUCUGGUCGGCGUCUCCGGAAACAUCUACACCCUCGUGGUCAUGUGUCAAUCCAUGCGUUUCGCGGCGUCCAUGUAUAUUUACAUCAUCAACUUAGCCCUGGCUGACCUCCUCUAUCUGUUGACCAUUCCGUUCGUGGUCUGCACGUACUUCCUGAAAGGUUGGUAUUUUGGCGAUGCUGGGUGCAGGAUUCUAAUCAGCAUGGAUUUUCUGACGAUGCACGCCAGCAUUUUCACGCUGACCAUCAUGAGCACAGAGAGAUACUUUGCCGUGCUGAAACCGCUGGACACAGUCAAGCGGUCAAAGAGCUACCGCAAAGCCAUUGCGGUGCUUGUAUGGGUGGCUUCCCUGGUCCUGACUUUACCCAUGAUUCUCAGUAUUCAGAUGAUGAAGGUGGGGAGCAAGGCCAUGUGCCAGCCGACUAUCUCACCGCUGUCCUAUAAGGUGUACAUCACCUUCCUGUUCUGUACCAGCAUUGUGGCUCCGGGGAUGAUCAUUGGCUUUCUCUACAUAGGACUGGCUCGUACCUACUGGAUCUCACAGACAGAAACCUUCAAACAGACCAAGAAACUACCCAACCAAAAGGUCCUCUAUCUGAUCUUCACCAUUGUACUGCUGUUCUGGGCCUGUUUCCUGCCCUUCUGGAUCUGGCAGCUCCUGGGUCAGUUCAAGCCCUCCAUCCAUCUCUCCACCAAGUCCAAGCGCAACAUUAACUACUUGACCACCUGUCUAACCUACUCCAACAGCUGCAUCAACCCUUUCCUCUACACGCUGCUCACCAAGAACUAUAAGGAGUACCUGCGGAAGCGCCAGCGUACCUGGACUGCGGGCAGCUACUUCAACCGAUGGACCCGGUUCCAGCGAUCACCAAGGAGGUCGCUGUCCUCCAGCAGCCAGCAGUGCACGGAGAGCUUUGUGCUCACGCACACACCGUCUCUGCGCACCACGCACAACAGCAGCCUGUGAGGUAUAGGAGAAGAUGUUUCUGGUCUUGGUCUUAUCGUGACAUUAUCUCCACGUCUGCUACCCAUUUACGGCGACGUACAGAUGUCGGAUCUUAACUUAAUCACUAUUUUGUUGCAGAGAGAUUUCCUGUUGCAUCAGGAAAUUCAAAUUAGCCUCGUGAUUGGCAGAAAAUGAGCAGUUGUCUUUUUCUCCACUCGGGGCAGUUGAGGCAUUGGGAUCGGGUCUUGCUAUCAAAAUUACAUUAUCUCUCACUCGCUCAAAAUCUAGGCCUGGGUCUCAUUGCUGCAACAUUUAAAUGUAAAAAAGGUAUCUGAAAUGCAGCCAUACACAUCAACAACUGUUGUUUUAUACAGCUUUAUAACACAAGAUAGAUAUUGGUCUCCGUUAGUCUACGACAUACAAGUGUCUAGUGUAUCCAAAAGUUACAAAUAAACUCAGCCAUGGCCUGGUCGAGAGGUUAUGGUUGCUGCCUUCAGUAUAUAGAUUUUCCAUGUCGAUUCUGGCCCAUUUCCUUAUGGUAGAAAUAGCUCGAUCCCUCAAUUGACUUGAUGUAGUUACAUAUUUCAAAUAUGGACAGUCCAGGGUUAUUUUCAACAACAACAAAUAUGGACAGUCCAGGGUUAUUUUCAACAACAACAAAUAUGGACAGUCCAGGGUUAUUUUCAACAACAACAAAUAUGGACAGUCCAGGGUUAUUUUCAACAACAACAAAUAAGGACAGUCCAGGGUUAUUUUCAACAACAACAAAAUUAUCACGUGCGGCAAAUACAAAACAUUUAGACAUUACCGUAAAAUGAUUACAAAUGAGAUCUAAAAAAUAUAUAUAAUAACACAAUAAAAUAACAAUAAUGAGUACCGGUACCGAGUCAAUGUGCGGAGUAUGAGGUAGUUGAGGUAAUAUGUACAUGUAGGUAGAGGGAAAAGUGACUAGGCAAUCAGGAUAGAUAAUAAACAGAAUAGCAGCAGUGUCUGUGAAGAGUGUGAAAGAGUGUCUGCGAGUAAAUGUAGGUGGCAUCAAUAUUCAUGUGUGAGCCUACAGUUGAAGUCGGAAGUUUACACCUUAGCCAAAUAAAUACUCAGUUUUUCAAAAUGUUUCAGUUUUUCACAAUUUAAUCCUAGUAAAAAGUCACUCUCUAAGGUCGGUUAGGAUCAACACUGAAAGAAUAAUACUAACAGAGAGAAGGAUUUAUUUCAACUAAUUUCUUUCAUCACAUUCCCAGUGGGUCAGAAGUUUACAUACACUCAAUUAGUAUUUGGUAGCAAUGCCUUUAAAUUGUUUAACUUGGGUCAAAUGCUGUGGGUAGCCUUCCACAAGCUUCCCACAAUAAGUUGGGUGAAUUUUGGCCCAUUACUCCUGACAGAGCUGGUGUAACUGAGUCAGGUUUGUAGGCUUCCUUGCUUGCACAUGCUUUUUCAGUUCUGGCCACACAUUUGCUAUAGGAUAUUGCUCCCAAGGAUGAACCAGACUUGUGAAGGUCUACAAUUUUCUUUCUGAAGUCUUGGCUGAUUUCUUUUGAUUUUCCCAUGAUGUCAAGGAAAGAGGCACUGAGUUUGAAGGUAGGCAACUUAGUCUAUGUAAACUUUUUACACACUGGAAUUAUGAUACAGUGAAUUAUAAGUGAAAUAAUCUGUCUGUAAACAAUUGUUGGAAAAAUUACUUGUGUCAUACACAAAGUAGAUGUCCUAACCGACUUUCCAAAGCUAUAGUUUGUUAUCAAGAAAUUUGUGGAGUGGUUGAAAAAAUAUUUUGAAUGGCUCCAACCGAAGUCAAUGUAAACUUCCUAAUUCAACUGUAUGUAGAGUGUGAAUGUGUGUGUUGGAGUGUCAGGUUAGUAUUUGUGACUGUGUGGGUAGAGUCCAGUGAGUGUGCAUAGAGCCAGUGCAAAAAUGUCAGUGCAAAAACAACAAAGGAGAUCAAUAGCAGUCUUCUGGCUUGCGGUUAGAAGCUGUUCUGGAGCCUUUUGGUCCCAGACUUGGCAUUCCGGUACCGAUUGUUAUGUGGGAACAGAGUAUGACUUGGUGGUGAUGUACUGGACCGUACGCACUACCCUGUGUAUUGCCUUGUGGUCGUAUGCCAAGCAGUUGCCAUACCAAACAGUCAUGCAGCCAGGCAAGAUGCUCUCAGUGGUGCAGCUGAAUCCCUUUUUAAGGAUCUGAAGGCCCAUGCCAAAUCUUUUCAGCUUCCUGAGGGGGAGGAGGCAUUGUCAUGACCUCUGCACGACUGUGUUGGUGUGUUUGGACCAUGAUAGGUCCUUAGUGAUGUGGACACAGAGGAGCUUCAUCUCUUGACACGCUCCAAUACAGCCCCGUCAAUGUGAAUGGGGGCGUGCUCGGCCCUCCAUUUCCUAUAGUCCACGGUCAGCUCCUUUGUCUUGCUGAUGUUGAGGGAGAGGUUGUUGUACUGGCACCACACUGCCAGGCCUCUGACCUCCCUAUAGGCUGUCCCAUCGUUGUCGGUGACAAGGCCAACCACUGUUGUGCUGUCGGCAAACUUAAUGAUGGUGCUGGGGUCGUGGGUGAACAGGGUGUACAAGGAGGGAACUAAGCACACAUCCCUGUGGGGCCCCGUGUUGAGGAACAUCCUGGCGGAUGUGUUGUUGCCUACCCUCAUCACCUGGGGAUGGACGGACAGGAAGUCCUGGUUCCUGUUGCAGAGGGAGGUGUUCAGUCCCAGGGUCCUUAAUUUAGUGAUGAGCUUGGAGGGCACUAUGGUGUACUAUGGUAGACAAUGCACAGAAUUAAGCUUUAAUAUUGCAGAUAAAUCUGCAUCAUAUCCAAUCCCCCAUUUAAAUAUAUAUAUAUAUAUAUAUAUGUUUUGUAAAUAUAUACAAUAUAUAAAAUAUGUAUUUAUUUUCCCCUAACCUUACCACCCCUCCGCUAGUUGGAGUAAACUAUUGGACAACAACACUUCGUCUUCUACUUCCAGUUUAUACAUACUAUAUACAUUUUACGGACAAAGUAUAUUUGACAAUGGUAAUUUUUUGUUUGUUUUUAGUCCCAACCUUCAGCUCUACUCAACCCCUCCCAUCUAUCUCUGAACACCAUCCAGUUCUGAUUUCAAUUUGGCAUAUAUUUUUCAGACAGACAAGUUCUUUACUUUCUCCCUCUUCCACUUGCCUCUUUCAUUUUUGCGGUAAUGCUGGAAUUAGUUGGUUGUAAUUUUGAGUAGAGCAGACAUUUCAAUAUAUUUUUGUUAGCUGCAUGUGUGACAUAACUCCACCAGUCCUAUUUAUGAUACAAUUUACAAAGAGUUUUCUGAUUUAAAAAAAGUAUAUAUAUAUUUUUAGUUUUUUUUAUUGAUUAUUAUAUUUGAGUACAACCAAAAUAUUUGUUGUAAUAUUUAUUGUAAUAUUUAUUCUCUUUUCUGGUGGAUUAAACUGAAAUUGCAACCAACUUUCAAUGGCUUGUUUUUAAAAAAGCAAUAUUUGGGAGAUGCUUUCAUGUUCAAAUAACCCGAAAGUGAGAGGUUGUAAUCUGAAUAAAGGGAACAAUGUCAUUUUUGAACAUGGGGUGAGACAUUCUUAGUAAUCUGUUAGAGAACCAGUUUGAAUUUAUUAAGUAUAACUUUUGUAUGACUGAAUCCUAUAGUAGUGCUUUAAUAUUUAAUAAUUUCUUCCCUCUGAAUUCAUAUAAAUAGGCCCAUUUAAUUCUGUCUAGCCUCCCAUUCCAAAUUAAAUAGAAUAUUUUGGCUCAUAUAAUAAUAAAUAAAAAAACAAGUCACUAGGUCAUAAGCAAAUAAGUAAACUGGGACUAAAGAGUUAAUCAGGGCGAUUUUUUCACAAACAGACAGGUAUUUUCCUUCUAUGGUUGCAAGAACUGAAUUAUGUUUGCUAACUUUAUAUUAAAAUGUAGUGAGAUCUUUUUUUUGGGGGGGGGGGUAUGAAUACCGAGUAUGUCCACAUCCCUGUCAGACCAUUUUAUUGGUAAACUACACGGUAAUGAGAGGUUAGAAAAAUAUAGGUUAGAAAAAUAGCUCCUCUAUGAGGCUGUGGAGGGAUACAAAUUGUGGAUUGAAAAUAAAACAUGAAUCAGCGUACAAUGACACAUUUAUUUUUAAGCCCUGGAUGUCUAGCUCCUUGAUAUUAUUGUCGUAUUGGAUUUUAAUAGCUUACAUUUCGAUGGCCAUUGUAAAUAGAUAUGCCGAUAGUGGACAACCUUGUUUUACCCCUUUUGACAGUUUAAUACUUUAUGAGAAGUAGCCAUUAUUUACUAGUUUACACCUAGGGUUACUAUAUUUAACUUGAACCCAUUGUAUAAGAGAUUCUGCGAAAUGCAAAUAUUCCAGGCUUUUAUAUAUAAAUUCCAGUCGUACUUUAUCAAUAGUGUUUUCAAAAUCAGCUAUGAAUACCAGGACUGGUUUCUCAGAUUUCUCAUAGUUUUCUAUUGUUUGCAGUACUUUUCUUAAAUUGUUUCCAAUGCAUCAUCCACGUUAAAAAAACUGUCUGAUUAGGAUGAAUAAUAUCUAACGAUACCUUUCAAUUCUAUGCCUAUGCAUUUUCCUCAAAUUUAAUUUAAUUUAUUUAUUUCACCUUUAUUUAACCAGGUAGGCAAGUUGAGAACAAGUUCUCAUUUAAAAUUGCGACCUGGCCAAGAUAAAGUAAAGCAGUUCGAAACAUACAACAACACAGAGUUACACAUGGAGUAAAACAAUGAUAAUAAUACAGUAGAAAUAUAAUUCUAUAUACGAUGUGAGCAAAUGAGGUAAAGGCAACAAAAAAAGGCCAUGGUGGCAAAGUCAAUACAAUAUAGCAAGCAAAACACUGGAAUGGUAGAUUUGCAAUGGACGAAUGUGCAAGAUAGAGAUACAAAUAAUGGGGUGCAAAUGAGCAAAAUAAAUAAAUAAGAGUAGGGGGAGAGGUAGUUGUUUGGGCUAAAUUAUAGAUGGGCUAUGUACUGAUGCAGUAAUCUGUGAGCUGCUCUGAUAGCUGGAGCUUAAAGCUGGUGAGGGAGAUACGUGUUUCCAGUUUCAGAGAUUUUUGUAGUUUGUUCCAGUCAUUGGCAGCAGAGAACUGGAAGGAGAGGCGGCCAAAGGAAGAAUCGGUUUUGGGGGUGACCAGAGAGAUAUACCUGCUGGAGCGAGUGCUACAGGUGGAUGCUGCUAUGGUGACCAGCGAGCUGAGAUAAGGGGGGACUUUACCUAGCAGGGUCUUGCAGAUGACCUGGAGCCAGUGGGUUUGGCGAUGAGUAUGAAGUGAGGGCCAGCCAACGAGAGUGUACAGCUCGCAGUGGUGGGUAGUACGUGUAGGUCUGUAGCUUUUAAGCGGGGGAUGACCGCAGCUGCUUUCCAAUCUUUGGGAAUCUCAGACAACACGAAAGAAAAGUUGAACAGCAUAGUAAUAAGGGUUGCAACAAUUUUGGCAGAUAAUUUUAAAAGAAAGGGUCCAGAUUGUCUAGCCUGGCUGAUUUGUAGGGGUCCAGAUUUUGCAGCUCUGUCAGAACAUCAGCUGAUUGCCCGGUGUAGGGGGGUGCAGUGCUGUUGCCCGGUGUAGGGCUAGCCAGGUGGAAAGCAUGGCCAGCCAUAGAAAAAUGCUUAUUGAAAUUCUCAAUUAUAGUGGAUUUAUCGGUGGUGACAGUGAUUCCUAUCCUCAGUGCAGUGGGCAGCUGGGAGGAGGUGUUCUUAUUCUCCAUUGACUUCACAAUGUCCCAGAACUUUUUUGUGAUUGUGUUGCAGGAAGCACAUUUAUGCUUGAAAAAGCUCGCCUUGGCUUUUCUAACUACCUGUGUAUAUUGGUUUCUAGCUUCCCUGAAAAGUUUCAUUUCAAGGGGGCUGUUUGAUGCUAAUGCAGAAUGCCAUAGGAUGUUUUUGUGUUGGUUAAGGGCAGUCAGGUCUGGAGAGAAGCAAAGGCUAUAUCUGUUCCUGGUUCUAAAUUUCUUGAAUGGGGCAUGCUUAUUUAAGAUGGUGAGGAAGGCAUUUUUGAAAAUAACCAGGCAUCCUCUACUGACGGGAUGAGAUCAAUAUCAAUAUCCAGGAUACCCCUGCCCGAUCGAUUAGAAAGGCCUGCUCACUGAAGUGUUUCAGGGAGCAUUUGACAGUGAUGAGCGGAGGUCGUUUGACCGCUGACCCAUUAUGGAUGCAGGCAAUGAGGCAGUGAUCGCUGAGAUCUUGGUUGAAAACAGCAGAGGUGUAUUUAGAGGGCAAGUUGGUUAGGAUGAUAUCUAUGUGGGUGCCCGUGUUUAUGGCUUUUGGGUGAUACCUGGUCGGUUCAUUGAUAAUUUGUGUGAGAUUGAGGCCAUCAAGCUUAGAUUGUAGGAUGGCUGGGGUGUUUAGAAUGUUCCAGUUUAAAUCGCCUAGCAGCACGAGCUCUGAAGAGAGAUGGGGGGCAAUCAGUUCACAAAUGGUGUCCAGAGCACAGCCGGGGGCAGAGGGUGGUCUAUAGCAGGCGGCAACAGUGAGAGCCUUGUUUUUAGAGAGGUGGAUUUUAAAAGUAGAAGUUCAAAUUGUUUGGGUACAGACCUGGAUAGUAGGACAGAACUCUGCAGGCUAUCUUUGCAGUAGAUUGCAACACCGCCUCCUUUGGCGGUUCUAUCUUGUCUGAAAAUGUUGUAGUUUGGGAUGAAGAUUUCAGAAUUUCUGGUGGUCUUCCUAAGCCAGGAUUCAGACACCGCUAGAACAUCCGGGUUGGCAGAGUGUCCUAAAGCAGUGAAUAAAACAAACUUAGGGAGGAGGCUACUAAUGUUAACAUGCAUGAAACCAAGGCUAUUAUGGUUACAGAAGUCAUCAAAAGAGAGCACCUGGGGAAUAGGAGUGGAGCUAGGCACUACAGGAUUCACCUCUACAUCACCAGAGGAACAGAGGAGUAGUAGGUUAAGGGUACGGCUAAAAGCUAUGAGAAUUGGUCGUCUAAAACGUGUGGAACAGAGAGUAAAGGAGGUUUCUAGGGGCGAUAAAAUAGCUUUAAAGGAUUAAUGUACAGACAAAGGUAUGGUAGGUUGUGAAUACAGUGGAGGUAAACCUAGAUAUUGAGUGAUGAUGAGAGAGAUAUUGUCUCGAGAAACAUCAUUGAAACAAGGUGAUGUCAUCGCAUGUGUGGGUAGUGGAACUAAUAGGUUGGAUAAGGUUUAGUGAGCAAGGCUAGAGGCUCUACAGUGAAAUAAGCCAAUAACCACUAACCAGAACAGCAAUGGACAAGGCAUAUUGACAUUAAGGAGAGGCAUGCUUUGUCAAGUGAUCGCAAGGGUCCAGUGAGUAGUGAAGUUGGUUGGGGUCACGAUUCGGACAGCUAGCCCGGGCCAUCGGUAGCAAGCUAGCAUAGGAUGGAGGUCUGUUUUUAGCCACCUUGUGCGUUCCGUCAGUAGAUUAGUGGGGUUCCGUGUGGUAGAGGAGAUCAAUCCAAUUGGCAAAAUAGAUAUAGUUAUAGUGACCCAAGAAAAAUUGUCCGAUAGACCUAUUCAGAUAGCAGCCGAUAAGACAGCUAACGAUUAGCGGGACGCAGAUGGGCGUUCAGGUAACAUUGCGGGGGAUGGGCCAGUUGGAUAACUCCCUCGGGCAGGUAACGUCAGUAAUCCAGUCGUGAAGGCCACCUGGGGCGCGCAUCGCCAGUAAAACGGGUCCGGAUAGGUGAUUGUAGCCCAGGAGUGGCUGAUGGAUCUCUUCAGCUGGCUAGCUCUGGAAUAAUCGAUGUUUGCUCCGGGAUCGACGUAAGCCAUUAGUCACACGGAUAGCACCUAGCUAGCUGUGAGAUCCAGGUGUAAAUGUCCAGAGCUUGCGGUUGAAAUCCGGGGAUAUGGAGAGAAAAUAGGUCCGGUAUGUUCUGGUCUCAGUCGCGUUGUACAAAACUGGCGAUAGCUUUUUGAGCUAAAGGAUAGCUGAUGACCACAAACCGUGGUUAGCUUAAUACUAAUGUUAGCCAGUAAACUGUCUAGCUAGCUCCUGGCUGGCUAGCUUCUGGCUGACUAGCUUCUGAUUUUUGCAGUACUGAAGUGUAAGGGGCUUCCAAUUUUUUCAAUGGACUGGAUAAUUAUAUUUAACACAUGGUUCCUGUUUCAGUAAGAACGAAAUUAGACCUUGUUGAGUAUCUGAUAAUCUACAUUUCUUUUAUUUAGGAGUGGUUAAAACAAUCUAAUAACGGUUUACUGAGUACAUAAAAAAUUGUAUGCCAUCCUGCCCUGGGGUUUUCCUGGACUGAUAAAGGCUUUAAUUGCAUCAAGAAGCUGCCCCUCUGUAAUUUGGCCUUCACAUGAGUACAGCUGUUCAUUUAAUAUUAUUAAUAGUAGAAAAUAAUCCUUACAAUUAACUUCUGUUAGUGGAAAUGGAGGAGACUGAAACAAAACAUAUACUUAAGGUACUUUGCUUCCUUAUUCAAAAUAUUGUUUGUUGAAUCAUUGGUGAGUGGGUCAUUACAUUUCCGUAAUUUUUUGUUGUUGUAACAUUUAUAUGUUGACGAUAAAAAAAGAAAAUAGGUGUAUUUUUCACUUUAUUUUUAUAAUAUAUUUACUACACUCUCUCUUUCUUGAAUAAGUUCCUCCAUUUCUUUUUUCCCCUCUAACAUAUUCUGUGCCUCUAUGGUACAGUUUUUAUUGCUAUCUAUCUGUACUGUUAGUCCCUCUAUUCUUUUGUUAAUAUGAAUUAUUUUGACCUAAACUGCUUUUGUUUUAAAGACAAGUAUAAAAUUGCAUGGUCUCUAAAGGCACAUUUAAAAGUGUUCCAUACAAUAAGGGCUUUGUUAAGUCAUAAAAAGUCAGUUAUAAAUUAUUCUGUCCUAGUUAAAAACAAGUUGUAAUUAAAAAGGCUUUGAUAAGAUUUCCAAUAUCCUUGCCCACGUGGAAAUUCUGUAAGAGUAAUGCAUAGGCCAACUAUUUAACGGUCCGACCGCAUUCUGUCUCCAAUAGACACUUUUUUAAACUUUUGGUGUCAGCGAGAAUGACAUAAGAAAGUAGUCAAGCUUGAUUUAACCUCCGCCACGUGUAUCUAACUAGGUCAGGAUUUUAAGCCUCCUCCAUGUAUAUCUCACUAGGUCAGGAUUUUAAACCUCCGCUAUGUAUAUCUCACUAGAUCAGGAUUUUAAGCCUAAGAUAUGAAUAUCUCACUCGGUCAGGAUUUUAAGCCUCCUCCAUGUAUAUCUCACUAAGUCAGGAUUUUAAGCCUCCUCCAUGUAUAUCUCACUAGGUCAGGAUUUUAAGCCUAAACCAUGCAUAUCUCACUAGGUCAGGAUUUUAAGCCUAAACCAUGUAUAUCUCACUAGGUCAGGAUUUUAAGCCUCCUCCAUGUAUAUCUCAUGAGGUCAGGAUUUUAAACCUAAGCCAUGCAUAUCUCACUAGGUCAUGAUUUUAAGCCUAAACCAUGCAUAUCUCACUAGGUCAGGAUUUUAAGCCUAAAAUAUGUAUAUCUCACUAGGUCAUGAUUUUAAGCCUAAACCAUGCAUAUCUCACUAGGUCAGGAUUUUAAGCCUAAAAUAUGCAUAUCUCACUAGGUCAUGAUUUUAAGCCUAAACCAUGCAUAUCUCACUAGGUCAGGAUUUUAAGCCUAAAAUAUGUAUAUCUCACUAGGUCAUGAUUUUAAGCCUAAACCAUGCAUAUCUCACUAGGUCAGGAUUUUAAGCCUAAAAUAUGCAUAUCUCACUAGGUCAGGAUUUUAAGCCUAAACCAUGCAUAUCUCACUAGGUCAGGAUUUUAAGCCUAAACCAUGCAUAUCUCACUAGGUCAUGAUUUUAAGCCUAAACCAUGCAUAUCUCACUAGGUCAGGAUUUUAAGCCUAAAAUAUGUAUAUCUCACUAGGUCAGGAUUUUAAGACUCCUCCAUGUAUAUCUCACUAGGUCAUGAUUUUAAGCCUCCAUAUAUCCACUAGUUCUAAUAUAUCCCAUGAUAUUCAUACUUUCCUGUCGUGACUUGACUUUAACAUUAACCUGAAGACUGUUAUUCAUCUAAUUACCUACAUGUGUUUAAUUGUUACCCGAUUAAAUGAAUAAUGUAAUAAUUAGCUCAUUAGGAUCUGGGGCACCAUGAGAGCAACAAUAUGGCUGAUUGUUACUAAAGACAUGGAGAGGCCGAGAGAGAAAGAGCGACAGAGCCACUAAAUGUUGGUACAUUUAGAAACUACUCUCCUUUAUAGUGCUCCUAUAUUUUGCACACAAACUGCCGCACGCUUGGAGUAAGAAAUCGUGAAUGUACUUACGUUAAAUGCCUUGGUUCGCGGUGUGUCGCUCUCGGGAACCGGGCCGCCUUGGAAAUGGGGUUGGGCCUUUUUUGGCCUAUUUAAAAAAUCGUGCAUAUCUUAAUUUAUUUCCACAAUUAAAUAAUAAUAUGUAUAAUAGUGUAAGCAGUUCAUACGAAGGAUUGUGAUCUAUAACCAGGAUUACAUUUUUGGCUAACAAUUAUUUUGAUGCAUCUUGUAUUGUCCCUAAAAUAGUUACCCCAUAGCAACAGAUGUGGGAUACACACACACGCACACGCACACGCACACGCACACACACACACACACACACACACACACACACACACACACACACACACACACACACACACACACACACACACACACACACGCACACUCCCCACCCUUUCCCCACAAACAAUCACAAACUCAGAUGUUCAACAGCUGUUCCAUCCCCGAGCACAGCUCAAGUGUCGACUUGAUGUGAAAAUAUGUGUACUGUUGUAGCUGUUUGAGAGGGCAUGAAAAAUUGAGCAAGCCAGGGAGAUUUGAUUAACCAAUGUCAAGUACAAGCUGAUGGUGCUCAGAUAUACACACCCUUACCAUUAUACACACACAGAUACUGGUCCCCCAUUGUGACUAUUUUACCAAGCAUCUCUGUGCCACCAGGAUCACAAUAAUAUACCCCGUCUCUGAAUGUCCGAGUGUGACAACCUCCCCAUGGGUUACUGCAGCUAGUUUUGCCAGCAUUGCCACUACCUGGUUGAGGGCAACCCACCAACAUUCCCAACUGUUAGGUACAUGGUCACCAAGGUUCUCAUUAACAGCUUUGAGAGUUUAUUUGUAUAUUAUGCUCACCCAGAGCUUUGGCUUUGUUGGACAAACCCUGCCAGGCAGGCUCAGACUCUUCAGGUGGCAGUGCUACUUCAGUGGGUCUCUGACCGUGUUCAUCUUUCUGUCUUGGUUGAGAAUAGGUGUUUGUUUCAUCCAGGUGGCAAAGGGCCGUGUGGAGUGCAGUAGAGAUUGCGUCAUCUGUGGAUCUGUGGAUUUUCAUCUGUGGAUUUUACCCCCAAUCUUGAUAAGAAAUGAACAUACCAGACACGUUUUGAUAACACAAAUAAUUCAAUAAUAACAGUCAGUAGGCUACACCAACAUUAGUGACCAUUCAUAUAGAUUGCCAAGGUAGAUUUGCAGUGGUAAACAAGGAAAUACAUUAUUGGCUUGGCAGGAGAUAACAUUCCUUCCCGACUCGUUUAGAGGUAAGACAUUUUAACAACAUCUGAUGAAAAAUGUAUCAACCAGCAGUUUUCUGUUCCAUCUAGGCUUGCUAGUUAUUUGUGCAUUCGGUUGAUGAGUCUGUUUUGCUAACUAGUUAUUUGUGCAUUCGGUUGAUGAGUCUGUUUUGCUAGCUAGUUAUUUGUGCAUUCGGUUGAUGAGUCUGUUUUGCUUGCUAGUUAUUUGUGCAUUCGGUUGAUGAGUCUGUUUUGCUUGCUAGUUAUUUGUGCAUUCGGUUGAUGAGUCUGUUUUGCUAGCUAGUUAUUUGUGCAUUUGGUUGAUGAGUCUGUUUUGCUAGCUAGUUAUUUGUGCAUUCGGUUGAUGAGUCUGUUUUGCUAGCUAUUUAUUUGUGCAUUCGGUUGAUGAGUCUGUUUUGCUAGCUAGUUAUUUGUGCAUUCGGUUGAUGAGUCUGUUUUGCUAACUAGUUAUUUGUGCAUUCGGUUGAUGAGUCUCUUUUGCUAACUAGUUAUUUGUGCAUUCGGUUGAUGAGUCUGUUUUGCUUGCUAGUUAUUUGUGCAUUCGGUUGAUGAGUCUGUUUUGCUAGCUAGUUAUUUGUGCAUUCGGUUGAUGAGUCUGUUUUGCUUGCUAGUUAUUUGUGCAUUCGGUUGAUGAGUCUGUUUUGCUAGCUAGCUGCAUGCAGUGUCUGUUUACCUAGCUAACAUUAGCUAACUUUUUCUUGCCAAUUCCCCUUCCUUUUUUGUGUUGCACCAUUGGGGUUGGUGUUACUAGUUAACAUUAGAGGCUAAGUUGUUCUACUCUUACUGUAUAACAACUUGAACAAGCCUAAAAAUAUGCAAAACUAUUAACCAAACGAUUGCACAUAAAUAAAUGUAGUUGUGGCUUCAGCAACUUGAACAAGCACUGAUAUUUCAGCAGUGAGGUUCAUGUCUCACCCCUUGUCUCUGCUUGUUGUCACUUGACCCUUUAAAGGACAACCCAACCUGACACCCUACAGAUGUAAAUAACUUGUUGUGAACCUCCCAGCCGCCAGGAUAAUCACCAUAUGCCACAAUAUUUGUCAGGAGUGUGUAGCAUCACACUUUUAGCUAGAAAUAGAUUCACCCAUAGAUUUGUCUGAACAUUGUAGUUUCAUAAGCUCAUUCUAAGAUACAGAUGUGAUUUCUGUCCCGGGGGAUGCUCCCUGUGCAGGUAUUCAACGCUAGUUGAAUUAGGUGUUAAUGUACCUGUAUACUCCUGUCAUGUGUAUGGAAAAAAAACAUGUGGCUUUCAUGACAAAAAUGUGCCCUCCUUUACUGAACAGGCAUAUGAAUGUUGGAGGCUAAUCUCUUUGAGAUGUCCCUCAUUUGGGAAUGACUUAUUUUGGACAAUGGACUGUGUUUUAAGGACUCAGGCAGGAAAAACCAAGACAAACGUUAACAUUUAUUCAAUCAUUGAUGUCUUCACAUGUUUCUAGUUUUGAGGCUUGGUCAUCUGUCUUAGUCCCCUGCAAUGAGAGAGAAAGGCAUCGUGAUAUCACAAUUCUGUGUGCAUUUCAUUUCAAAUGUAUUCAUGUUUGAUAUGCAUUAAUAUACUUAUAUUAGACAAAUUCUCUUUCAUCACAUGCCAGUAUUUGUUUUGUAUCUAAUACAUUUUUUUAUUUGCACCCUUUAUUUAACUAGGCAAGUCAGUUAAAAACAAGUUCUUAUUUUCAAUGACUGCCUAGGAACAGUGGGUUAACUGCCUGUUCAGGGGCAGAAAGACAGAUUUGUACCUUGUCAGCUCGGGGGUUUGAACUUGCAACCUUCCAGUUACUAGUCCAACAGUCUAACCACUAGGCUACACUGACACUAGGAUGAAGUUGCCUUUUCCUUCGAAUCUAGUUAGAAUGAAUCGUAUCACCUCUUAAUAUCAGUUAUCUACGAAUAUUAAACAAUAUUGUCUUGAACAUCGGUGUAAUUUAAUAACAUGACCCGUGUGUGAUAAUUGUAUGAUGUAAUGACAAACACCUACCCAUUAAAGGGGGAAAAAAAUAUUAUCUUUUGUAAUAUUAGCUUCCUGGUGGAACACCACUAUUCUGGCAAUUCAUCUUCUUAAACAGUCUGUAAAAUAGCUUAUUUAGCUUUCUCAAAAAAUUGGCUGUAUGAUAUAAUGGGCGCAAAUGUACAUGUUUUGUCCACAACAGCAGACCGAGCAAUAUGUGAGAGGAGGACCCUAUACUGUACAAUAAUUAUUCUGGUUGGUGUCAACUUCGUUCAUGAACAGGUACUGAGGGGAGAUCGAUUAUGUUACUUGCUCACAUAUUAUUUGUGUCGGCUAUUUCCAUUUUGGCAUAUUUGUUCACUGAAUUGUGAAUUGCUGGUACUAGUUGCUCACUCUGCUACAGUUGCUACAAUGUGGCUGCAAACGUCUCGCGCUCUGUGGAAUGUGAGUGGUGCCUUUGAAUACCUUCCCAAAUGGCAGUAAACUAGUGGCAAGUGUUACCUACUAAGGUAGGUGACAUUGGAGGCAGGUAUGCAGCUUCCUUCGGAUUGGUUAAAUAAUAACCGUAUGUUAUACACCAACAUCAUUCAUACAAAGUGUCAAAACAAUGUCCCAGCACUGGGCGCAAACUCAUGAUGCUCAUAGCCCGAAGCAUGCUGCUCAUACCACUGCGUUACUGCAGUUCACAAUGCUCUAGCAAGCUGUGAGAGUACUUGAUGAUACUUGAUGAUAUGAGGUCAGCUGGUUUGCAGAGCCUACCCCUAACCAUAGCCCCCUGGGUGCUGCAUUUUAGAGCCCAGCUGACCCCCUGGCAGAAAUUAUACACUCUACAACCUGCUGCAGGAUUAUAUUCUUCCUGCGACGAAAUGUGUCACAUUAAGAUUGGACAAGUAUACUGUACGUUUGAUGGGUGUUUAGGAUGUACAGUGCAUUCUGGGAAAUUAUUGCAAAAUGUUGAAUAAAAGGUUGAAACGGUCUGAAUACUUUCCGAACGGACCGUGUGUUGUGUGUCACCACGGUGAUGUCAGUCUGUGAGAAACAGACGAGGAGGUCAAUGCGUGGUUUCGGGGCUUCCCCUGAUGUUAUGUCACUUGUGUCUCUCCAAACAUAUCUGCUCCUGGGGGAACAACUUGUGCUGUAUUGUAAUGUACACCAAGUAUAAAAAAACAUUAGGAAUACCUGCUCUUUCCAUGACAUUGACCUGACCAGGGGAAUCCCGGUGAAGGCUAUGAUCCCUUAUUGAUGUCACCUGUUAAAUCCACUUCAAUCAGUUUAGAUGAAUGGGAGAAGACAUGUUAAAGAAACAGUUUUAAGCUUUGAGACAAUUGAGACAUGGAUUGUGUAUGCGUGCCAUUCAGAGGGUGAAUGGGCAAGACAACAUAUGUCAGUGCCUUUGAACAGCGUUUGGUAGUAGGUGCCAGACGCAUCAGUUUAAGAACUGCAUUGAUGCCGGAUUUUUCACGCUCAACAGUUUCCCGUGUGUAGCGAGAUGUUCCUAAUGAUUUGUACACUCAGUGUAUGUUGCCAUAGGGUACCGUGCCUUGUGGGAUGAGGGAUGUCUUUGGAUGUUCAUGAAGGCUAUAACCGUGCUGAGGUGUGGAAGGAAUGUCCCCUUGAAGGACCAGAAACAUAAAUAAUGAAUUAUUCUUUCCCUGCUCUGAACUCUUCUUCAGUCUUUACUGCAGGUCUUCAUCCCUCUAAGUCUAUUCCUAGACUAAAAUAAAUCUGUCUGUCUGCAGACUUGUCCAUGCCACUGGCUGCCCAUCUUAACCAGUUGCUCCUGAGGACUGUUUCUGGUUUGAAUCUAUGUGAGUGGAAGAGGGAGCUGGUUCAGCUUUGUGUUGAGCGACUGUUGUCUUCGAAGUCAAGAUACGACAGUUUCUUAAGCAGAGCUCGCAGCUGAACAAAUGUGCUCAUGGAGUGUGUGUGGGGAGAUGCUCUCUGUGUGUGUGGGGAGAUGCUCUCUGUGUGUGUGGGGAGAUGCUCUCUGUGUGUGUGGGGAGAUGCUCUCUGUGUGUGUGGGGAGAUGCUGUCUGUGUGUGUGUGGAGAUGCUCUCUGUGUGUGUGUGUGUGUGUGUGUGUGUGUGUGUGUGUGUGUGUGUGUGUGUGUGUGUGUGUGUGUGUGUGUGUGUGUGUGUGUGUGUGUCUGUCUGCAUAUCUCUGCUUGUGUGGCUCUAUCUGUGGCAACCCUGUGACUUAAAUGUGCCUUGGCGAGGAAGCAGGGGGAUUCAGAGAAGCUGAUUGCAGUGAAGAGGAAUGGACGGGGAGGAGGGGGAGGGAGAUAGGAGACAUGCGCUGGGCACAGCGACCCCACACACACACACAGACUCACACACGCACACGCACACACAUGCGCACACACACACACACACACACAAACACACACACACACACACACACACACACACACACACACACACACACACACACACACACACACACACACACACACACACACACACACACACACACACACACACACACACACACACUCUCACUCUCUCUGCCUUCUGCUGCCUCUCUCUCUCUCUCUCUCUCUCUUGCUCACUCUCUUUCUCUCUAUCUCCCUCUCCACCAUUGCAGUACACAUGGUGGAAAUAGGUCUUAACAAGCUGUAGAAAAUAUAGGUAUAGGUGAAAACUGUGGGUGCUAACAAAGGGAAUAAUUUUUUGAAUAUAAAGCAAACCAGUAAAAUGAUUGUCUUGCAUACACAUAAAGACAUCGUGAUGAGAUAUAAAUUGUACGUCUUUAUCAUCAUAAUAUGUGGUCAUAAUUAAUGCCAGACUGAAUCAGCAGGGAAGUUGUCUCAUCAAAUGUCUUCGAAAACAAUAAAACAUGCAUUGAUUUCUGUUGUGUAGUGUUGAGUUUCAUUGCAAUCAAUUCAACAAAAAUUGAUAUUCAAUCUAUAUGCUUCACUACAUUUUGUGUGUCUGGCUGUCUGUGUGUGCGUGAGCAUGUGUGUGUGUAUUUAUUCAGGCUAUAAAAACAAUUGGUAGGAUUUUCCUUUGGCGUUCAGCCAGAAACAUAAUCUGGGAAGACAGUUUAUUUCUUUGGUCUGUAAGUGUUUUACAAUAGUAUUAAUUAGCUUGUGAUUUAUUCUCGCUGAUGAAUGAACAUCAACAAUAUAAUCUUUACUGUGUUCCAACCCUUAUCUUCUCACAUUCUAGUCUGUACUUGUCGCUCAAUGCAAACACAACACAACUGGCUACUCCAGAGUGAGUUCAGAUCAGAGCACAUCGCAUGUGCCCUUCAGAAGGACUAUUUUCUACAUAUGUUGGUAUGUUGUUCACGUUACAGGCACUGUGCAUGUUACUGUUUAUAUGAUGAAGACAGCUUGUCUGCCGAAAUGUUGGACAUAAAUAUGUUUUGCACCUGA